UCCAGUCUAGAGGACUUGUUCGCCAUUGACGGUCAUGACGUGCUGCGCGCUGCAUAGGCGACCUCGAUAUCGGUAGAUGUUGCAGUCAGCCGCGGAAAACCACCCCUAAAAAAACCUCCACACUCUGUGGUUUUGGUGCGAAAGUGAAAGGAUUUGCAAUCUUGACAGCUGGCCCACGACAGGCCAGGCGCUAAUUUUGGACGGAUGGAGGACGUUUUCGCUCGGAAAAACGGACGUUGAGAUUGUAGCGAGACGAGAGCAAUUUUGUGCAGCCGACCAGCCUGCUACCGGUUCUAUGACUCACGUAAUGCACGGAUAUCCCUUCACAUUUUGGACUGUGUUCAUGUGCUGGUGACUUCCUGGGACAGCAAUCUUGCGCAAGCAGCAUACGGAAUGCUGCCGUUUAGUGGGGCUUCUGGCUCUCGUCCCUGGAUCGUGUCAUCACUGUGAAAUAGCAUGGCGUUGUUUUCGUUGGGCAUUGCAUGCCGAGUUAACUUCUUAAAGGAAAGGCAUUACCACAAAUAUUGAAUACGUUUGGUUGUUUUCGGGAUUGCGCGGACUAUGUGGGUCCGGCAGGAGUAGGUGGCGAAGCCGUCUUGGCAACCCCUUUUCUGGACGUGGUUGGCCGAGGAUGGACCGGCACACCGAAUCUUUUAUAUGCUUUAGUAUAUUUGUAUUCCUCCUGCGUCACACUGCCCAUUGUGAAGAAUGUUCCGAGACGUUCACCCAAGCUCCUGGUAAACUGAACCGACUGUUGAAUGCUAGUCUCUGGACUACCUGUAAGUUUCACUUCCGUGCGCCUGUCGACUCGUCUGUAGUGCUGAGUGUAACCUCACUGAGAGGUUUUGCCUCGGUAGGUUCUGGGGGGCGUUGCCUCCCAAGACUGAUCUUCAAAAACGUUGGACCAUCGGGCACGACACACCUCCUGACUGUCCAGGCCAUACAGGAAGGAACUUUGCCGAUCAUUGUGCAAUCCUUGGAUAAUGAACUCAAAGUGGUUUUUCGAGGACACACGUGUACUGAACAGAUGAGUAGCUUUGAUGCUUCAUAUAGUUUCCACUCGAGAGUCGGAAGAAAGGCCAAAUAUCAGGAGUCCUACCCACUAGUGCGAGACGUCCGUAAGACAUCCGACCGCAGUGUUCUUACUACACCAGGUGCUGACGACAUAACCACAACGCUACAAGAUAGGAAUGCCACUCACCAUGAUGAUGACAACAAAAGCCAAGAAAACAACAGCAGCCUUCAUCUGUUUUUUUUAGCCAUCUUAGCGCCGAUCACGCUUGUCUGCCUGCUAUGCUGUUUAAUUAUGUACAUACGCCAACGCAACGAUCUCCCGAUGCCUCCAUUUCAUCACAGAUCACAAAGACUCUCAAUGUCGACCCCUUCAGAUACCACACCACCAACAAGUGAACUGCCGCUCAUACCAGGCAGGCCUUUUUCCAGCGAGGAACAGCAAGAGAUGCUGCGUCAACAGCGAGAGACUGUUUGCCGUCGCAGCGAGUCAACUGAGGACUAUCCUUCCACGGUGGUGCAUUACGAUGAGGAAGCCCACCCUUUCAUGCGCAGCCUAAGACUCUUCAACGAGGAUGUGUGUCGGUCAGGGAUUCGCGCCCCGCCUAAUCGGACGGUCUUUGACAGCAUUGAGAGCAGUCUCAGUAUGAAGCAGCAGCAGCAGCAAGCGCCACCGAAAAAGGACUCCAAAAAAGGUACUGUUCAUCGAACAGACUCACUGAAUCGUGCCGGCUCCCCAAAGGGCAAGCCUGGAUUACAAGUGCUAGAUAGUGAGACCAAGACACCGCUCAAGCUAUUAGAUCCCGAUUCGGAAGGACCUCCCCCAUAUCUUGCGGUUGUUAAGAAGCAGCAGCAGCAACAGCAACCUAGUAGACCUUCGUCGGAGGUCAUUAAUGUGUGUGAUAGGAGCCAUAGCCACCUAGUGGCGGCUCUAAGUGAACCCAGUGUACAGCGACCGGCGGUGGAUACGUGGCCUCUGCCUCACCGGUCACACGAUGCUGCCACGAUGCCCUCAACGCUGCCACAAGAAGCCCAGCCAAGUAGUAGGCACUCACCAACACUCUCGCCUCCUCAAGGGAGAAAGGAGGAAUCACUGAGUAGAAGGUGUGAAUCCACUGACAUCCAUAUCGCAUGACACGGCUGAAAGUCACCACCACUCUGAGUAGAAACCCUGAGCACUACAGAAAUGCUAGGAAUAUCCAUAUGCAGCCUUAUUACAUAUAACUUACAAAGGUGCCCAUGGCCCAAUGGUAUAAGCUAUUCAUAAAGUAUAUAAUAAUCAUGAAGAGUAGGCUCCACUUAUUGACAUUGUGAUAACAAUCAAGAGAGAAGGAUGGUGAGAGAAAUUAGUGUAUGUGAUGUUUCUAAAAUUCACUUUCACUUGUAACCAGACCAACAAACAAAAACCAUUUGUAGAGGUUGAUAUUAACCCUAACGUACCUGAAUCCAUCAAAAUCCACACCCCUGUUUCGGGGGGAUUUCGGUGGAUUCAAGAUACCUCCAUAUUGCACAAACUGGUGGAUUUUGAUGGAUUCAGGAUUGUAAGCCUAGCGGAACUGCAGGAUUUUGAGCCAUUGGGGGACUUUGGUUGAUUCAGGAUCUCAACAGAUUUACUUCCGCUUAACUGGUGGAUUUUGAUGGACUCACUGGCCACCAACAUCAUUUUGCAUGGCAAAGUUGAUGGAUUUUGGUGGAUUCAGGAUACUUUCUAGUAAAAGAGCCCAAGGGGUUAGGGUUAAAGCUCUCUCAUUCAUAUUUGACCUUCACAGAGUUAUAGCAAGUGCACAAUGAUUUGUACUGGUUAUCGAUCAUGUGAUAACAUCGUGCUGAGGAUCUUUCAUCAUUCACACGUUCGUUUUUGAAGUGCAUAUUGUUGAGAGUAUAUCAUCCUGUACAAAUGGUCUGGGUUUACCUUCUUGCGUCUAAGCCAAAAAGUCCAUCUUUACAAUCCGAUGUCUGUAACUUCCCACAUGCAACCGCCAAGCACAUGUAAAACCGAAUGGUUGGCAUUUCAAAUGAGAAGGGAUGGCUGUUCUCCAACCAUCCAGACUUUUAAUGUCAUGCAAGUUUCACUUUUUUAUGUCUAAAGUGAAAAUCCAGAGAAGGUUUUUUUUUCCAGUCUUAAGAGCAAUCAGUGAAAGCUGGACAGAGGUCACACAAUAAUUUCCAACCCCACAUCGGUAAGCCAACUACAUGCAAUGCCAAUUGACACAGUCUACAAUGCUCAAAAGAUCUAGAUUUGCAAGGGAAACCUACAGCUAUAAAUUAUACAUUUAUUGUAUGUUAGCUUGUUGCAUUUACCAAUGUUGAAGUCAAGUCCUUUCAUAAGUCCAGUCACUAGAAGUGGGAUGAACAGUGCCAAAGGGAUGCUUUUGUAACAGUUCAUUUGAAUAGCUAGUUACUUGACUUGAGACUGAAGGACUUGUGGGGACUUGCGGGGACUUGCGGGGACUUGUGGGGACUUGUGGGGACUUGUGAUGGACUGGACUACAACAUGUAUGUCCAACCAUUUGUGUGUCCAAAAAUAAUUAAGGCUUCCUAUUUUAAAAGUGAUUCAUGCUUCAGUUAUUUGUAAAAUGAAAAUGUAAUUGUCUCCUGAACAAAUGCAUAAAUUACUGAAGUGAUUUGGCAUGGUUGUCACAACAAACAACAUUGUGACAAUAUCAGCUCAUUUAUACAAUGCCUUUAAAGCUAUAGUCCAUCAUUUGCAGCCGUCCGAAAAAGUAAAUGGCGUAUCAUUGUUGAAAAACAUACUUGGCUGAAAGAUAGUAAGGGGACUAAACUCCCUGUGAAAUUAAUCUUUCUGGCAAGCUAUCAUUUUGAAG